AUGAAACCAGACUGGUGGCCUGGAGAGGAACAUGAGCAGUUCACAGAAUGGGCCAUUUCGCAAGGUAUUAUUGCGAACGGGGUCGGGCCUGCGCGGUUUCCAGGUCGCGGCUUGGGAAUGAUAGCCACGCGAAAUAUAGAAGAAGAUGAAGCCAUUGUGAUUGUACCAUUGAAAGCAAUGCUAACCCCUGAGCGUAUCCCGUCUUCUUUCACCGACAAAUUCCCCGACGGGACACCGACCCAUGCGCUAUACGCUGCAUUUCUCGCGAAUGGCGAUCUAGAAGACCUGGAAGAGUUCAAGGCCUGGAGAAAGACCUGGCCUAGUCGUCAAGACUUCGAAGACAGUAUGCCCAUUUUGUGGUCAGAGUCUCUGCGAAACUACCUACCACCGUCAAUCUCGAGCCAUUGGCAUAGUAUACAAAGCCGAGACAAGCUCCAGUACGAGACAUCCCAUCAGAAUCUUCUUGCCCAGCAAGAACAAAGACUGCGCACGGCUUGGGAUAUCGUCGUAUCUGUUUUCCCGGAUAUCGAUUGGGAGAUAUUCUCGUACCAUUGGCUUAUAGUUAAUACGAGAAGCUUUUUCUACUUGAUGCCAGGCCAGGAGCCGCCGGAAGAUCGAAAUGACGCCAUGGCGCUACUGCCGUUUGCUGAUUAUUUUAAUCAUUCUGAUGUUGCGUGCAAUGUAAAAUUCGAUGGAGAGAAAUAUGUUUUCCGAGCUACUAAACGCUAUGAUGAAGGAGAAGAAAUAUACAUGAGUUAUGGACCUCAUCCUAAUGAUUUCUUGUUUGCUGAAUAUGGCUUCUAUCUCGAUGAGAAUGAGUCAGAAACCUUAUAUUUCGAUGAUAUAAUAUUAAAGGACCUUGGCCCAUCACUACAAGAGGAACUGGAGUUCCAGCAGUACUAUGGUAACUACCAAUUAACGGCCACUGGCGUGUGCUACCGUACCGAGAUUGCCGCGUGCAUAAACUAUAUGCCACUGGAAGACUGGCGGAACUAUGUACUCGGUUAUUCCACCAAAGGUGCCGAUGAGAACAAAUCGGAGGCUAUCAUCCAAGGGUGGAUAAGAGCGUAUUCGAAUGAAGCAGACACAGUAAUCACCACCCUGGAGAAAAUCGGACCUAGCCCAACAGACCAGAAAGAUCACCAAAGGGCAAAGAUGCUGAAGAAACGAUGGACACAGAUUAGAGACCUUUGUGCUAAGGCCUCCAAAGCCGUAUCCUGUUAA